AAGGCCAAAUCACACUUGGAGUUGCAGCUAGCAAGAGAUGUUAAGAGUAACAAGAAGGGUUUCUUCAGGUAUGUUAGCAACAAGAAGAAAGUCAAGGAAAGUGUGGGCCCCUUACUGAAUGAGGGAGGCAACCUAGUGACCGAGGAUGUGGAAAAAGCUAAUGUACUCAAUGAUUUUUUUGCCUCUGUCUUCACAAACAAGGUCAGCUCCCAGACUGCUGCACUGGGCAGCACAAUAUGGGGAGAAGGUGACCAGCCCUCUGUGGAGAAAGAAGUGGUUCGGGACUAUUUAGAAAAACUGGACGUGCACAAGUCCAUGGGGCCGGAUGUGCUGCAUCCGAGGGUGCUAAAGGAGUUGGCGGAUGAGAUUGCAGAGCCAUUAGCCAUUAUUUUUGAAAACUCAUGGCGAUCGGGGGAGGUCCCGGAUGACUGGAAAAAGGCUAAUGUAGUGCCCAUCUUUCAAAAAGGGAAGAAGGAGGAUCCGGGGAACUACAGGCCAGUCAGCCUCACCUCAGUCCCUGGAAAAAUCAUGGAGCAGGUCCUCAAGGAAUCAAUUAUGAAACACUUAGAGGAGAGGAAAGUGAUCAGGAACAGUCAGCAUGGAUUCACCAAGGGGAAGUCGUGCCUGACUAACCUAAUUGCCUUCUAUGAUGAGAUAACUGGCUCUGUGGAUGAGGGGAAAGCAGUGGAUGUGUUAUUCCUUGACUUUAGCAAAGCUUUUGAUAUCUCCCACAGUAUUCUUGCCGCCAAGUUAAAGAAGUAUGGGCUGGAUGAGUGGACUGUAAGGUGGAUAGAAAGCUGGCUAGAUCGUCGGGCUCAACGGGUAGUGAUCAAUGGCUCCAUGUCUAGUUGGCAGCCAGUUUCAAGCGGAGUGCCCCAAGGGUCGGUCCUGGGGCCGGUUUUGUUUAAUAUCUUUAUUAAUGAUCUGGAGGAUGGUGUGGACUGCACUCUCAGCAAGUUUGCCGAUGACACUAAACUAGGAGGCAUGGUAGAUACACUAGAGGGUAGGGAUCGGAUACAGAGGGACCUAGACAAAUUAGAGGAUUGGGCCAAAAGAAACCUGAUGAGGUUCAACAAGGACAAGUGCAGAGUCCUGCACUUAGGACGGAAGAAUCCCAUGCACUGCUACAGACUAGGGACCGAAGGGCUAGGUAGCAGUUCUGCAGAAAAGGACCUAGGGGUCACAGUGGACGAGAAGCUGGAUAUGAGUCAACAGUGUGCUCUUGUUGCCAAGAAGGCUAACGGCAUUUUGGGCUGUAUAAGUAGGGGCAUUGCCAGCAGAUCGAGGGACGUGAUCGUUCCCCUUUAUUCGACAUUGAAAAGUCAUAGAGAAACUGGAAAGGAUCCAGAGGUGAGAGACAAAGAUGAUCAAAAGGAUGGAAUGCGAACCAUAGGAGCAAAGGGUGAAGGAACUGGUUCUGAAAUGCAAGACUCUGAGUACUUAGUAGAUCUGGGAGAUGAUUCAAGAGUGGUUUGUAGGAAAGGAGAUGAAAGAGAAAAAUGGCAGUUGAUGAUUGGAGAACUGGACAGCUCCCUUAAAGAAGUAAGCUUAGUUGUAGAUAAACCUCCUACCCCAGUUAGGAGAAUGUUACUUAUUGGGAAUCUAUCUAGUAGCAGGGUGGGAGCACUCCAGCUCCUAGACAAAUCCAACGUGGAAUGGAGAAAGGCUCGUAAUGAGACAGAUGACAUCACUCUUGAUGCCGCAACAGCCCACCCCAACCUCUCCAUUGCUGGGGAUAAGAAGAGUAUGAAACAUGAAGCCCAACCUCAAAAAGUUCCAGCAAAUCCAGAGAGGUUCGAUUCGACUGUCUGUGUGUUGGGUUUUGAAGGAUUCUCUUCUGGAAAGCACUACUGGGAGAUGGACGUUAAGAAGAUCAGUGACUGGGACCUGGGAGUGGCCAGAGAAUCAAUACAGAGAAAAGGAAAACUUUCCUUAUCCCCUAAAGAGGGAUUCUGGGCUCUGGGUCUGAGUGGCAGAGAUUAUUGGGCAAAAACAGAUCCAUGGACCCAGGUCAUGGUGCAGAAAAAGCCCCAGAAAAUUGGAGUUUACCUUAGUUACCAAGAUGGGCGGGUGACCUUUUUCAAUGUAACUGACAUGUCUGUGUUGUUCACAUUUAAUGAUUGUUCAUUCUCAGGAAAGGUUUAUCCAUUCUUUAAAAAUUCCCACAAAGAAACAACAAUGAGAGUUUGUUCAAUUAAAGAAGAGGAAUCAAUUUAA